AGCCAGUCCUGGCCAGCUCCUCGCGGGCGCUGCUCGUCGCUGUUUGUCACUGUCCGUAACGUCCUGCUGCUCCAGUGUGUCUUUCCUCUCGGCCUCUCUGAUCUCCCCAGCCAAUCACGCGAUGCGCCGUCGAAUUGCUGCAGGCAAGCAAGGACCUGACCCCCGAGCUCCAGCACUUGCGUCUCUCCACUGGACUGACUCCUCCAUCCACUCUUGGCCGUCUGCCAAACCGUGUCCACCCGACUAAGCCACUCGCCUUCCUUCUUCCUCGUCGACCUCUUCUUCCUCUUCCUCUUCCUCUUCCUCUUCUUCAAAUCCUCCACCGCGCUUUUUCGUCUGCCGCUGCCGACGCGUGAGGGAGAUCUCCGUCUCAUAUUUUCUACUGCCUCCCCGCCGAAAAUCAACCCAUACGCCCGAGCCUGCCUUCUUUUCCCCAGAUGUUGCCUUUACGUCUCAAUCCAAACGGCGCCGCGAUCACCUUCCCAGAGGUUGGCUAACGAACGCUGAGACUGUGGUUCUGGCCAUUGUCAAAGCACACCCCCCUGCCCAGCCUGAAAGCUGCCUCUGCUGCUGCUGCUUCGCCUCGUUUUGUACACAAUCAUCGCCCGAACCGUCGCCUGUUGCCUAUUAGUUUGACGCGCUUCAACCAAAGCCCCAAAGGUUGACGGGAAGACCACAUUGCCCUACGAGACCACAUGGCCUAACUCUCGCAUAGCCACCGUCUCCCAGAAGCUCAUUUAUCUCCGCAGUCGUCCUCCGUCUGCGCUGCAGUGGUUGCCAAAUACGUCUACAUACACGCCUACGCAUACAUUCACAUACACGCACACAACGUCACCUCUCGCCCCGCCCCUAGUCUACGCGCUCGUCAAACGAUCUCGUCGCCCUUCAUCCGAACCUUAUCUGACGCCCGGCUGAUCAACGUUCAUCAUGGCACCCAAGCAGAUGUCGCUCGAAGCCGCUCUUGAUGAAGAAGCUCGAGAAAUACGGGCCUUGCUCGAGGGUCGAAAGUCGGAGACAUCUCCCCCGCCGCUGCCUUCGCCAUCUGCAACGACCACAUCGAGAGCACGGACAGCUAGUCCCGCUGGCAAGCACCAGUCCCCCGCUCGAGGUUUGUUGGCCGAUUUAGCACCUGGCAUUCAACGUUCCGAUCACCAAAAGGCCCAGCGCGCUGCGUCCGUGUCUGGUGACGGGCGCAGCAGCAGUGCCGUAAGUAGUCCCUCGGGCUCAACCUUCUCAGAACCGCCGCGCAGGAGUAUGCUGGAUAUCGACAGCCCGCCUGCGUCCGCGGGUCUGCCACGCACCCAUCGCGCAUCGCACGGCUCCGUGUCGCCCAGUCUGCCCACAAUCCAUCAGGGAUUGCCGAGUCCUGGGCGAAACAUCGAAAGUGCGUAUCAGUUCGAAAUGCUGCCCAGCAUCGAAUCGCACGCCCUGCCCAAGAGAGUGUCCCAAGGCGAAGGCAUGUUCCACAGUUCCAAGAAGAAGGCUGGCGCAAUGUCGUCUGUCUUCGGCAAUGGGCCUGACGGCAGGCCAAAGGGCGCCAAGUCUAGGUCGCCCGCGCCUCGCCACAACGCGCGGUCACUGAGUCCAGCACACCCAAGCCUUGGUGCCGGUGGUCCGCACGUGACAGGCACACCCGGGUCGUACGUGUCAGACUCAGGCAAGGUGAUCAAUCUUGACCAAGCUUAUCGACGGCUCUCAGACGCCGCCCUUCUCAGAUCGGGUGGUGUUCUCGCAGAGCUGCCUACGAAGAACGCGGCUCACGUCAAGCGAGGCGAAGAGUUGGCUCCAGACGGAGGCGUACGCCUCACGAAGGACUACAACGACGAAGAGGAAGCGGUGGACUCCAGUGACGAGGAUGAAUCUGCUGGGAGUUCGGGCGACGAGAUGGACCGACAGCGAGGUCGCGCACGUGCCCGUAAAGAUUCCGACCCUCCCGAGUCUCCAAGACAAGCGCAAAGUCUGCUCGCGGCCGCGGAAGAAGAACGAAAGGAUGUCGCGUCCGGUAACAGGGUAAAGUCUUUGCUUGACGUUUCCGUUUCUUCUCCCGGUCUGAGUGCGGAUCAGCUUUUCUCUAAAAAGCUAGGAAAACCGGUCAUUCAUCCACGAACGUCAUUUGAUGUAGGCGCUGGAGGUGCGUCCGGUGUUUCGACACCGGUGGACAGCGAGGAGGAGCAAACUCGGUCCGAUUUCAAUACUGCGCAGAAGAUGGCGCUUACCUUGUCACCGAUUCACAGCUCUCCGGAGGCACACAGGUGCAUACGUCAAAUUCUGAGAGGUGACUUUCGCAAGUACCAGGCCGAAGCGGAGCAGGGGCUAAGGAGGCAACGAAUGUAUUUGGUGGCGACCGACUUGAGCGAAGAGGCUGCUUACGCUCUAGAGUGGACGAUCGGGACCGUUCUCCGAGACGGAGACACGCUUCUUGCUGUAUAUGCCGUUGACGAAGAAGUAGGAACGGGUGGAGACGUGUCUGGGACAACCAGCAAUUCGGUUGCCAUCGGAGAAGGCCCGAAUCAGAUGAAGGAGGCUGCGGCCAUCGUGCGGACGCUGAGCAAUCAGCAAGGCUUAGUCGUACCGGGAGAAGUGCGCGGCAAGGCCUCUACUGACGGGCGACGAAGCCUCAGCAACGCGAGAACCAUGUCCAUGGGCAGAUACAAGGACAAAUUCGAGAGUGAACGCUAUCACGCCACCGAGGAGAUCACGGAGCGAUGUAUCAAGCUGCUGAGAAAAACCAAGCUGCAGGCCAGAAUCGUGGUCGAGGUGUUUCAUUGUAAAAGUCCCAAACACAUGAUCACCGAAGUUAUCGACUACCUGGAGCCCACCCUCGUCAUCCUUGGCUCCCGAGGUCGCUCAGCGCUGAAAGGUGUGCUUCUUGGCUCAUUUAGCAAUUAUCUCGUCACCAAGUCGUCCGUACCCGUCAUGGUUGCGAGGAAAAAACUACGAAAGCACUCGAAACUCAAACGCUCGAACCUUCGAUUGAGUAACAUGCUGCAAACGCCCGGCAGCAAAUUGGAAAGCGCUGUCAUUGACAGGCCCAGUAUGGGUAUGAGAAGAAGCUCGCUAACGUAGGACCGCAUUUCGCAGGCAUUGUCAAAACGUCAGUCAGACCGCAGUUGGAGUUCACAAAUAAAAUCAGCCCGAAACCCUCGGGUUCCAGACUCGACUUUCCGGGACGGUCAUCAGAAGCGUCGUAACCAAUGAUCUGGUCCAGAGAUUCCGGAUAGAAGGGGAUCAGACCGUUUUGUUUUCAUUCUCAUUGUUUGGGCUACGGUGUGCACAACGGAUGUCAUUGCAAGCAAAAUUGAGCUGCUUCAAGAGCGUUCGCGUUAAGCAUUAUAGCAACAUUGCCUUGAUUUGAGACGAGUAACGAUAAAUUUACGUAGAUGAUGAAAUGAAACGGAAUGGUUUGAAA